GACGGCGCUGUGCCUUUAAGAGCGCCCGUGGCAAGGUUGUUACUACUACUGGAGGCUGGGAAGGUGUUGCCGUCGGGGAGAGGCGCUUGCGUCCUUGUGCCCGUUCGGGCGAAACGGGGGCAGCGCAGGGCCGCGUUCCCGAUCGCAAAUCAGGAAGAGCCGGGCGAGGAGGCGCGGGAUCUGGGAUCCUCUCCUCUUUGUGGCUCCGAGAAGCAACAUGGCGUUUCCCCGGAGCGCUCGGGCUCCUUCUCUGAGCAGGGUGGGCGACUGUUCUCCUCCCAACGGAGUGGCGCCCUAAAGAAAAAAGAAAAAGAAAGAAAAAAAAAAAAAAGCGAAGCCGUUCCAGAGAUGUGAAUGCGAGCUCCGGGCGAGAAAGCGGCUUCCAAAGCUCCGCUCUUCCGUCGAGCCCAGCAAGUGGAUUUUGCUCGGGGAAUCCGGAUCUGGACCACCUGUUACUCCGAGCGCAGCCCGAGCCUCUUGCAGCCAGCGAAGCUCUUUCUCCCGAAACGGGGCCGCUCCCCUUGGCAGUUCGCUCUCGGAGAAAAUGGAGCGCGACGGACUUUCCAGCGCGGAUCAGAAGCUGAUCCGGGAGAGCUGGCAGAAAGUGGGCACCAGCCCCCUGGAGCACGGCACCGUCCUGUUCACCAGGCUUUUUGAUUUGGAUCCAGAUCUGUUGCCCCUUUUCAAGUAUAAUUGCAAGAAGUUCUCUACUACUCAAGAAUGCCUCUCAUCCCCUGAGUUCCUGGAACACAUUAGAAAGGUAAUGCUGGUAAUUGAUGCAGCUGUAACUCAUUUGGAGAAUUUGCAUUGCCUGGAGGAUUACCUUGCUAAUCUUGGCAGGAAACAUCAAGCAGUUGGUGUCAAGGUUGAGUCCUUUGAGGCUGUAGGGGACUCCUUGCUCUAUAUGCUGGAGAAAUGCCAUGGUCCUGCCUUCAAGCUGAAUGUGCGUGAAGCCUGGACAAAGCUCUAUAGCACUGUGGUGAAAGCCAUGAGCUGCGGCUGGGAUGUUUGCAGAAAGGUGGAAUAAUGUCUGAUCAAGAUGCUUGGAGCGCUUUGCUGUUCUGUGUCAGAAACACCUCUGAUGAAAAAGCAUGCUCACUUUUCCAGCUUGAUGUGUAUUUCAGAGCAAUCUUGACAGCUUUCUUUCUGUCUCUUGCUUAUUUUUGCAUUCCCUGUCUCUGUGUGACAGUGUGCUCUAGAAUUAAACAUAGCAGGUCCAUGUGUGGUGGCGUGUAAAACAUUUCAAUCAAACUGUUUUAAGUACCCAGUUCUGUGAAGCUCCUCCCCACAAGUGUAAAAUAAUCUACCUUGAGUAAUUUGGAACUGAUCUGAGCUCUAAACAGGUCUUUUGACCUUAAAAUAUUUUCAGAAGUCUCAAAACUGCCAAUUUUGCAUUAAAAAAAGCAACCGACUAACGUUCAAAUUGGGGAGUUUUGUGAAGAUGAACUGAUUCAAAAUGAAAUUUUACAUACCCCUAGUCUGUUUGUAGGUGACAAAAGUGAAGAAACCUGGAGUUGCAGUUAUAUGUUGACUGCUGUGGCUUUCUUGCCUUUAAGCUCUUUUUUUUAAUUAAUCAUUUUUUAAACAAAAGAAUGGACAAAUAGAAAAAAGUCUACAAUGCUAUAGUAACAGUAAGUGGACAGAGAUGCAAUAUUGUACAGUUAGUGCUCAGUAUAGCGUUGAUAAAAGGUUAGCUAUAAAAACCAAAAUACAUUGUUAUUUUUAAUAAAAAGAAAAGGUUUUUAAAGAACUUUUUAAACCUCUGUGCUGAAUGCAUGAUUUUCAAAAGCUCUAUUCUCUCUGUUUAUAAAAAUCAACUGCAAAGAUUUUUUUUAGCAUACAAAGAUGAUUGGACUAGCCAGUUUUUUUGUUUUUGUUUUGGUAAGGAAAGCUUGGUAUUCUUUCUGUAAAUUGUGGGCAUUUCUUUGGGAUUAUAUAAGCAGUAUAGUUUUUUUUUCUCCAAAAAGUGGGUUAAUUCUUCUAUACACUAUACACUGGAAAAAAGUUGGGCUUUUCAAAUGCUUAGUCUCAAGUUACAAUUUAAAAACCAGUAAGUAUGCAGUAUCUGCCAAUUUCUUCUGUGCAAAAAUAAAAUCUUGAAGUGGACUUACAACUGAUGGAGGGAAAAGCUUAGGAAAAUGUUUAGACUUGUCCUGAUUUUUAGCUGAAGAGAUCCAUCCCAUAACAUCACUUUUUGUCAAUUGCUAGGUUCUCAUAUCUUCUCUUCUCCUCAAGGCACUGUUUUACAAGUCUAUGGGUGCCCAUAGAAGGGAAGAGAAGGCAAGAAUGAUCAGCAAGGUGAAUGGAUUCAGUUACAGUAGCAAUGGAAGACCUGAAGAAUCGAGAUAGGGACAGAUCAUCAUGGAGAAAAUCAAUCUAUGUGGUGUUAAGAGCUGACAGUGACUUGAUGGCACACACUCAAGCAUGAGUACCUGAUAAGACAACUUACCUUUCUGAGUUUUAAUUAAAACUACCUUUCUAGUUCUUGAUCUAGUGCCUGCUUUGAAAGUAAGUAACAAUUCCUUAAUUUCUGGAGCAGGGAAGCAGCAUUUAAAAUAGUUCAGUAUUCUUCCCUUUUGCUGUUCUUUCUCAGGAGGUAAAUUGACUCAUACCGGUAGGAAAAAAAUCCAUGGGCUUUCUGUAUAAAGAGGCAAUGUGCCUUUCUUUAUGGUAGGGCAAGAACAAUACAUGACAAUAGGAUGAUAGAGGGGCUUGAGGUUCUAUUACCAAACUAUUGAGCUAAGCAUAUAACCUUGGAAAUACAGUUCUACACUGAAUUAUUCCACAAGCACCAUUGCAAUCAUUCCAGGACUAAGAAAGACCUGAUUAUCUUUGCAGAUCAUGAAAAGCUAACUUUUAUAAAACCUUCUUCCCAAAUAAAUUAGUUAGAAUUUGAGGUGCCAAAAUCUUUUGAUUGCUUUUCUGAAAACACUGAUGCAACCAUUCUUUGGGAAAGUAUGAAUAGAAAUAUUUUCAAUUAUUUCAGAAUUAUAUCUUGAGCUAUUACUUAAUAUUUGAAACUACAUAGUUUUGAUGGUAACACAUGGAUAAUUUUCUAAAUAAAGUGGAAACAAUUAUUUGCCUGUUAUCAUGCUUCAUGCCUGAAAUUUUGCCUAUAAAAAUCAGUUUACAGUCCCACCUUGGCAUUUAUUUAGCUAUUGCAGUAUCAUUGUACGAGAUAUAUAUUCUUUUGUGUUACACACACAUGCACACAGGUACAUUUCCUUCCAAACAGGCCAGGACAGUUACUUUGAAGGAUGUCAGAAAUUAUCAGAGGAUGCCAUGUAUUCUAGAAUGUAAUGAUGAUGUCAGAAUCUUCAGCGGAGUUUAUUUCUUCUGUGUAUGUAGCAUAAUAUUCAUAAUAUUUGUGAGAACAUGGAUGCAUAAUACUGGAUGACAGGAAAUGAAUGCUUUUAAUUAUUGGUCCUCUUAUUCUUUUGUCAGCUUGUGAUUGUGAGGUUCACAGAUGCUCAGGAGUCGACAUGUGUGGAACACACUUGUCUAUGAAAUGACAAACAUUAACUACAUUUAAAAGCCCAUUUGCUACUUUAGCUGGUGUGUGUAUUUCAUUUCUGUGAUAGAAGUGCCCUUCAUUUCCUAAUAUGCCAUCCUAUUUCUCCUUCAGUCUAACCCUUCUUCUCUAAUUAUUUCCGCAUAACUGCCUAUUUUUUUCAUCAUCUUGAAUGUUUCUGAGCAACCCCAGUGAACAAAGUCUCCUCUUAUCUUCCUUACUUCAAGACACUCCAAUGGGGGAUUCCUGGAAUAUUGAAUCACAUUUUAUUUGACAGUGUGGGGAAGCUGCAGGCACCAGCAGGAAUUAUCAGAUAAGCCCUCUGGGGAGAAAAAAUAGAAUAAUGAAGGAAAGUAACAUAAAAGAGGAACAUGCAUCAUAUGUCUCCUCACUGAUCAGAUUUUAUAUUGAUAUAAUAAAAUACCUGUCUAGGUUCUUCUAAUGGCUUCUCUCUUAGUACAGAUGUUGAUAUUAUUUUUGGAAUGAAGUCUUAGAUUAAAUGGCAGAUUUCUGUUGGCUAUUUGUCAGCGUGGCCCUCUAAAAGUAAUAGAAUCAUAGGUUUUCAGUAUUAGGCUCAUGUAACAUAUUUAGCACAUCUACAGAGCUAGUCUGAUGGGAUACAAAAAACUCAAAAACCAUCCCUUGGCCUGCACGAUAACUGCUCUGUUUCCUUUCUCCUCUCUAAUAGUUUUCUUGUGGUCUGCUCUAUUUUUUGGCCCUCAAUUCAUCAUUAUCCAAUAAACACAAAUAUGUCUGAAUAUGACUGCAGAUAGCUAUGGAAUAUGGUUGGCUAGCAAUAGUACAAAAUACGAUCAGAUGCUCUGUUAGUCAUCAAAAAGCCUUUUAUUUUCCUUUUCCUAGCUGUGCAUAAAUAUAUUGUUUUUUUUAAAAAAAGUGUUCCCCAUUGAAUCUUCACACAGUUCUGCAGGGCUUGAUUCGUUCUUAUGCCUAUUCAAUUAGUAUCCCAUCUAAUUAGAUAAUUGCAAACAAGUGGCUCAGAAUUAUGAUUGAAUUUUGUUUCCUUGAAGAAACAGGAGCAGAGAAGCAUCUGGAUCUGGAAUGCGCUGCUUGCAAUUGCAGUGGCAGUUCAAAUUAUCAUCCAAAAUGCCAGAGCUAUUUUAUACCUCUUCUAGUUUUUGUCUGUUUUUUUGUUUGUCUGCAUGCAAGGGCACACAUGUACACCAUAUUUUGUUAAAUUCUCUAAAGAAAUAAAAAACAACAUUUAGUGAAUGUCAAUCCUCCAUUAUCAUAGCUGUAUAUUUAAUCCACUAGGAAUCUAGAUGGUGUCAUCAGCACUUUAGAAAAUGUUGUUUAUUCCCUGAAUAUGCCUGCUUUUUCCAAUAGAAUUAGGUCCAUGUAUACCUUGUCUCUCAGCCCAUGGAGAAUGCUGUCAUUUUUUUUCUUCUUUGAUUGCUAUCACAGAAGUGAAGGAAGAUAAAUCAUGGCCACAUAACUGGAUUAUCCUGUCUUCUGUUUAGGGAUUAUAAGAAACCAAAUGUAUCUGGCUGGUAGUAUCUAUUCAGGCUGCUAUCAUUUUUGCAGGAAAAGACCAUUUGUGCCCUUGAGUUCAAUAACUUGCUUAGUGAAGGAAUUCAAAUUCUAGCAUCACUGGCUGUUCAUCUGCUGGUUGACUGUAUUCCAUAAAGACAGCCUACCACUUUUUCAGAUAGUUGAUUCUGUUACUCAACUGCUCUUCUUCUUAGCAAGUUUUGUUUCUUACCUUCAGGAGAUGUCUUUGCUUUCCUUAACAUUAUUCUGUGUCUUGCACUCUAGAACAAUAGAAAAUAGGUCUUCAACUUCUACUGCAUGGCAGUCUUUCAGAUAUGUAAAGAGUAUACCAUACUCUUCCUCCUUGUUCUUUAGACUGGAUAUUCUUUAUUCCUUCAAUCUCUCUUCAUAGGCCUUGAUUUCUAGUCUCUCAGUCUUGCUUGCUACACUUCUGUGAGCCUUACAAUUUGUCUGAAUCCUUCCUAGAGUUUGGUGCUUAGAAAAUGACCAAAUAUUUAAGCUGGAUUCUGACCAAUUGAAAAAAAAUUACAUUUGUCUCUAUUAAAAAUUGCAUGCUGUUAUUUACAGCUGAUUUCUCUUAGUCAAGUAUCAAGAUUGAUUUGAGUUUUGUCUUCCAGAAUAUUAGCUAUUCCAUCCAAUUUUAUAUAAACUGAAAUUGGAUAAUUAUAAUUUGAAAAGCAGCCAUUCAGUUUUUCAGAUAUUCAAAAAUCCAUAUUGUCAUUCUACUAGAUGCCAAAUACAGUCCUUAGAGUCACCAUUCUAGGUGUAAAAUAUAUAUUCUCCUACUGAAUAUAUAUUUCUCCCAGAGUGUCACAGGUUUUCUAGUUCAAGACAAGAUGGAAGAAUUGCAAUAGUGGUUCAGUUCUAGAUUCUUCCCACCUCCAGAAAGAAUUCUUAUUGGGUAGUACUAUAUGUCUUAUAUUGCUCUACAUUCAUCUCCAUUUUGAAUAAGUGAUAUGGAUAAUGAUAGAUGAAAACUGAGGAGCAUAAAUGUUUAAAGCAUUUCAUGUAUUUCCAGUUUGCAGGUUGAUCCUUAACACUAAGGAAAGCAGCUUUUUGAUUCUCCCUAUGUUCCACUUUGAUCUUAAAAGUAUGUGCUACUAUUGCUUCACACUUCUGGGAUGUGCUAGGUGUGGACAUAGAAGGACCUGGAUUUGCUGAAGAUUCCAAAACUCUUGAACUUUUGAAACCCACAUUUUAGGUAAUUCCUUCCUAAAGCAAAAGGAGUCACUAUUAUCCCUACACAGCAUUUAUCCGAUCUAGAGCUUUUCUGUGGUCUUAUAUUAUAGCAACAAUUUUUGCAAGAGCAAGCUGGCUUUCUGAUUUCCAUAGAAACAGAAGGAAGAAUUUGCCAAGGCAGAUGGUUGCCUGCAACAGCAGCAGCAGGUAGCCCUUCCUCACUGCCUGAGAGUCAUGGGGAUUGGGCUUCUAGGUGAGAGUAAGCUAACAGUACAGAACAGAUAAAUUGCAAAUUAUUUAAAUUAGAACAAUAUUAGCUUGAUCUGAUAGUGAGAGAUUUAAGAAUAUAGGAAGGGACUUUUAACGUCCCUAUAAAUGAAAGGACUAAGUUGAGACACUUUCCUAUAUUGUGUUCCUUCCCUUUUGUCUAUAAUUGAUUUGUGUGUGGAUGUUAUGCUAAAUGGAUGCUGGAUCUGACCUCAUAAGAUGCUGUUAAUGUUCUCUACUGCUGACCUCAAGAGUUUAUACAACCAUGUUCAUUAUGUAACAAUUUUGUUAUGUGAAAUUGCCACCACGUACCAAUUUUAAUAAAAGCUAAGUUAAGGCUCCUGGA